AAGAGCGCACUUUGGCAGCAGAAGCAGAUGGUGCAAGAUCUCCGCAGUUUGCAAAAAGAUUUAAAUCAAGCUAAUCUCUUGAAUUGAGAAAACGACACGAUGACGGAUAAAUACGAUCAAACGGCCGAAGGCGACCGCUAUCGUGUGCAAAGUGAUGCACUAGCUGGUUGGUUUAUUGGUCCUAGAGCUGAGAACCAUCAAUUGUUCAAUGAGCUUAUGGACCAGACAAUCAAACAGCAUCAACAAAAUCGUCGUAAAUAUUGGCCUACGGAUCCAGAGUACAUCACUAAAGCCCAGAAAAUGACUCCAGCAUACAAAGCAGAAAGGAAACAGUUAAAGAACAAGUUAAAGGAGUUGAAUGAUGAUUUGGAACAGAGUACUCCAGUCUUUAGCCCACGUUUUCAAGGUCACAUGAACUGGGAUAUCUCAAUGCCAGCGGUGCUUGGUUAUAUCUCGGGAAUGGUUUGGAACCCAAAUAACGUGGAUGUUACAGCCUCCCCGAUAACUACACCUUAUGAAAUCAUUGCCGCUGAACAAAUUUGUGACAUGAUUGGAUUUGAUCGCACAAAAACAAUAGAUCCAUGGGGUCAUAUCACUUGUGGUGGAUCUAUUGCAAACAUUGAAGCAAUGUGGGCAUCAAGGAACAUGAAGUUCUAUCCUCUCAGCUUACAAGAUGCAGUUAUGGCUGAAGGAGAACUAUCUGGAGCGAAAACGUAUAUGGUCAAUGUAUUUAAACCUGGAAGUGGAUUCACUAAUGUGGAGCUUCAGCAUUGCACUGUAUGGCAGUUAUUGAAUGUCGAUGUGGACGACGCUUGCAAUAUGUCCGCAGACAUUGCUAAAGCCGCGAAAGUUACAAUGGACAAACUUUCUGAACUAGUUCAUCCCUACGCUUAUACAUCUAUUGGUAUAUACAACUUCUUGACAAAACACAACAUCAAGUCUCCCCGAGUGUUUGUUCCAGCAACCUGCCAUUACUCUUGGCCAAAAGCUGCUACAGUCUUGGGACUGGGUGAAGAUAAUCUAAUACAUAUCAAAGUUGAUAAGAUGGCAAGACAAGAAAUGGGUGAUUUGCGUCAGCAACUGGAAUAUUGUGUCACAAAUUCAAUCCCUGUGAUUUCUGUGACUGCUGUGAUGGGUAGUACAGAGGAAAGCGCCUUUGAUCCACUGACUGAGAUGUUGACCAUGCGAGAUGAGUUAAAGAAAAAGGGUCUAAACUAUGCCAUUCUUGCUGACGCUGCAUGGGGUGCAUACAUGAGAACCAUGAUGAUUGAUCCUGAUCACCCGGAGGAAGUACAGAAAGCUGAAAGAAGAAAAGGAAAGAAGGGAAGAGAGCAAAAAGAACGGAGCAAGAGUUCGCUUAUAUCAAAUUAUGUUCCUAUCACCCCCUUAAGUCAACAUGCUCAAGAUAAUUUAAAUGCAUUACGUCAUGCAGAUACAGUUACCAGUGAUCCUCACAAGACCGGAUACGUUCCAUACCCGGCCGGGGGAUUGAGUUACAGAAAUGGAACUAUGAAAGAUUUUGUUCUUCUGGCUGCACCUGAAGUUUUUCAUUCUGAAGAUGAUCUUAGCGUAGGAGUUAAUGGACUGGAGGGGUCAAAACCCGGUGCUGCAGGUGCUGGCGUCCUACUUUCUCACAGGGUGAUUGGCAUGGACAAGUAUGGUUAUGGCCGAAUCUUGGGUCAAUGUGUGUAUGGUUCAAAGCUUUAUUACUGUUUGUGGCUGAAUCUUUCUAAACCCACAGAUCCAUUUAUCAUCAAGCCAUACCUUCCUUGUUCUGAAAAAGAUAAGCUUCUUGCUAAAGAAUUGAUUAUUGGAAAGACAAACUUGGAGAUUGUUGAGACCCCGGGCGCGAUGAGUUUACUUGAACGAAUUGGUCCAGACUGCAUGAUAAAUAAGUUUGGAGUUAACAUCAUUAUUGACGGAAAGACAAACCAUGAUGUUGAUAAAUCUACUUCGUAUUCUAAGAAAAUUGGACGACUCCUGUCAGUGAAUGCUGACAAAGACAAUCACAGAGUACCUCUUGUGAUCUUUCAGUCCAUUAUGGAGCCAAAAAUCUUUGGACCAGCGUUGAAGGAGUUUGAGAUAUCCAUCGGUUUGACGCAAAAUCUUGAGAAUGAAUUUGGCUGCAUGGUCAACACCGUCAUGAACCCAUGGCAAGCAAGUGGAGAAUUUGUUUGGAGAGUUGGUGAAAUUUACCGUGAAGCUUGUCUCCUUGCUCAUGGCUGGGAAACGGAUCAACCAGCCAAACAUAUGUUUGUUUGUGGUGACCUCCUACAAAACCAGGAAGACGAAUGGUUCAUGUUUGCAUAUAUGGUGGGGCAGUUUGGUCGAAAAACAGAACAAUAUGAAUGUGUAACAAAGCUUGGUCUUGCCAAUCAGAGUGACGCGAUCACAAUACAGAACUAUCAAAAAAAUCAUGGAUUAUUUGCGUCAAAUAAGGAAAACGCAGUUUUAUAUCAGCUGUUAUUGGAUGCUGCGGGCGAUAAAGGCGCAGAGUUCGAGUUCACUGCUCGAGACGAUUCAACCGGUGUCCUGUUUACAGCCUUUUUGAAAGUUCUUGACACACCACGUGUCAAACACUUCGAGACGCAGGAAGAUCCUGAUCUGAAAUACCCAGAUCAUUAUCAAUACUUCAUGUAUGGUCAAGGUGGAAAGACCUAUUUAUCUCACAUGAUCACAAAGAAACCCGAUUUCCAACAGGUUGUUGAAGUUGAGAGCUCUGAGAUGUCAGGUAAUAAGGAUGACUGGUUGCUGUGGUAUGGUUUCCCUGUGACCUUUACAGGUCUUGCAGUAAGUUCUGACACCAAAGCAAACCCAUUCACUCGAAGUGAUCGUACCUACCAUAUCAUGUUUGCUGGCGAGAAAAACAGAAAACGCGAGAUGGAUAUUGUCUUGAAAGAUAAUACUGGAUGGUUUGAAAACUACGUAUUGAAUAGAUAAAUGGACUUCGCUGAACAUUUUUCAUUAAUUAUUAGCAGCCUAUAUUACGUAAUUGGGUCGUUAGUUUAUUGGUGUUAUUAACAGGUAUAAGCGUUUUUGUCACAAGAAAAAAGAAUAUUACUAGAAUUUAUUGGAAAUAGUUUGGUCUCACUAGUCUGUGUGUAACAGCGUAAAACACUCUCAAAUGCUUUAUGCUGAGUUUAAUUAAUUAUGAUGAUUAGCGUGAUUAAGUAAUUGUUCAUGGAUAGACUUACAAUAGAAAUUGGAAGCACAGAGUUGUCCAGGUUAUGGUAUAGAUUUUUUGACUAGGCGAUGUUACAGAUAGUCAAAUAACGUUACUACCAUUAUUUGUAUAAGGGUUAAUAUGGUGUAUGGGUAUUGCAAACGCAAAUAUAACAGUUUCAUCUCAUUA